GAAAAAAAUAGAAAGAAACAGAAAGAAGAACAUGCAAACAACAUGGCAUCUCCAUGUCGUAAGCUUCAUAGGUUUUCUCUCUCUCCUUAGACUAUUCUAUCCUCUCUUAAAAUGGUUCACCACGAGAUUCCUCCUCACUAACCCCAGGCGGCUCAAGCGUUAUGGCUCGUGGGCUAUGGUCACUGGAGCCACAGAUGGGAUCGGACGAGCAUUUGCUCACGAGCUGGCUAAACACGGUCUUAACCUCAUCCUAGUCAGCAGAAACCCUUCAAAGCUUGCUUCUGUCUCCAAUAAUUUCAGACAAGAGUUUCCACAAAUCAAGAUCAAGAUCAUUCCCUUUGACUUCUCCUCUGAAGGAGGAUAUGAAGCAAUAGAGGAGGGGAUCAAAGGCGUUGAAGUUGGAAUUCUGAUAAACAACGUUGGGAUAACUUAUCCACGAGCCAUGUUCUUCCACGAGGUUGACCAACUCACAUGGACCAAAAUCCUUAGGGUCAAUCUUGAAGCCACCACUUGGGUUACAAGAUCUCUCAUCGGGCCAAUGCUUCACCGCCGUCGUGGAGCCAUUGUCAAUAUUAGCUCCGGCGCUGCCGUUGUUGUCCCUUCUCAUCCUCUCUACGCCAUCUACGCCGCCACCAAAGCUUAUGUUGAUAAACUAUCAAGAUCUUUGCAUGUAGAAUAUAAGCACUUUGGUAUCGACGUCCAAUGCCAGGUGCCAUUAUACGUGGCAACGAGGAUGGUGUCAGAAGUAGCAGAUAUAGAUAAACCAAGCUUCUUUGUACCAUCGCCGGAAGUAUAUGCAAAAGCAGCGGUGGAGCAGAUCGGAAUUGGAUCACAAUGCUCGCCAUUUUGGGCUCAUUCCCUUCAGUGGUUUCUCGUUGGUCUUUUACCGGAGAACCUUAUUGAUACUUGGCGUCUCUCUAUCGGUCUUCGUAGAAGAAGUUUGUCUUAGUUCACUCGCUCUAUCAUUUUUUUUUGGUCUAACACUCGCUCUGUCAUGCUUUAAG